AUGAAAAAAGUAAAGCUUGACAAACUAAAAGAAAAAGAAAAGUAAAAUGCAUUAAACGAAGUUAGAAUAUUAGCAUCGAUUGGACAUCCCCAUAUAAUCGCUUACAAAGAGUCAUUUUUAGAUGACUCCACUUCCUGUUUGUGCUUGGUCACUGAGUUCGCAGAUAACGGGGAUUUGUUCUAAAAAGUCAGAAAUCAUAGAGGCCAAAAUACCUAUAUGCAUGAAGGUGAAGUUUGGAAAACUUUGAUUCAGCUAACUUUCGGUUUAAAAAAGUUACAUGACCUAAAAAUAUUCCAUCGAGAUUUGAAAAGUGCGAACGUUUUCCUUUUCAAGGAUGGAACUGUAAAGUUGGGGGAUAUGAAUGUAUCUAAAGUAGCUAAAUAAGGAAUGCUGUUUACUCAAACAGGAACACCUUUCUAUGCAAGUCCUGAAGUUUGGAGAGAUUAACCCUACGAUUCUAAAAGCGACAUUUGGUCUCUUGGCUGCGUACUCUAUGAAAUGAUAGCACUUAGACCCCCUUUCAAGGGUAACGACAUGGAAAAUUUAUAUAACUCUGUUUUAUCAGGAAAAUAUUAACCAAUUCCGAAUGUAUUCUCAGCCGAUAUUGGCAAUGUAAUUAAAAGUAUGCUAUCAGUAAAUUCGAAAAUCAGGCCUACAUGCUUAACAAUUCUUACUAUGGACACUGUGAAGAAACGAAUAGAAAAGUACUUCUCAUCGGAUUACUUGAUUUAAGAGAGAUAGACGUUUCAAGGUAUAAAGAAAAGAUAGCAAGAAAUAGAAGAACACAAUAUUCCACAAGAUGCCUUGUUGAGUACUAUAAGAUUAACAGAUAAUUUAUUCACGCUAAAAGACCAAUUACCGAUUCCUUAAUAUAACGGUUUCAGGUCCAGCCAUAGAUCCUCACAGAUAUCAUUGAAGUAAGACUCAGAUCUUAGAGUAUCUGUGGACACUUUUAGUUCAAAGCAAGAUGAGAGAGAUGAAACUUAGAGACGCUUAGAUACAUUAGUCCCUCUAUCUUACUUUUCUCCAAGUCCUAAACAGAGUGAAGAUUCAAAACAAGCUAAAAUUGCGAGUCACAAUUCAGUAAAAUCACUUGACACUCAAUCAAAAACUAAUGAGGCUAGUGAUGAAUAUUAGGCUAGUAAAUCUAGAUAACUAGCCCUUUUAAAGAAUAAGGUUAGUAGCAAUUAGAAAAUAAUUGAGAAUCAAGACGUAGAUCCUUUAGUUGAGCAGAGAAACAAAGCACCAUUUAGAAGCAAUUUAAAAGAGUACAAGUCAAUUGAGGUGGUUAUUAACAAGGAAGAGGAUUCAUUGAUGUCGAUAAACAUCAAAAAGGAAAGAGCUAAAAGACAAGAGAAAAUUGAGAGAUUGAACCUUAAGAAUUCUGUAUCGUAGUAACUCAUCUUGCCAAAGAUUGAAAAUGGAAUGCCCAAAGUUAAAUUGAUUUAAUCUCCUGAUUAGGACCAUUCAUAGAUUUUGGAAAUGAUAAAAAAUAGUCAGAGUGUAAAAAGUAGCAACCUUCUCAUUAAUGUCAAUAAUCUUUUGAAGAAUGAAUCUGUUCCUUUAAGUUAUCUUAAAGGCAAAUAGACCAUAUUGCUCAAAGAUAAUCUGAGCUAUAAGACUCCAUCUAAUAAUAGAUAUAACAAUAAGCCGCAUAAUCAAUAGUCCUUGCCAGAGCUUCGAGGACUCUCACUUGAAAGUUACAAAUAUGUAUAAGAUGGAUCAGGCUCAAUAUCUUCACCUUAUGAACUAGAUAAAAAACUUCCACCGAAUCCUAGCCUUAUGCAUGGUGCUAAAUUAUCAAAGAUUUACCUUCCUACUUAAAGUGAUAAAAAAUUAAAGAUACUCCUUAAAGAAAAAAAAGAAAUUAUAGCUGUUUCAAAAAGGAAAAUCAUUAAUGAUAUCUAGGACACACAGAGUACUCAUUCAAAUUUGAAACUUUGA